AUGGUUCAGAGUGAUAACCCGAUUUGGUCGCAGCCGGCCGUUUCGCAGCCUUCAGCAGCAGCGCAAUCGUCCACUCCUCCCGCCUUCGCAACACCCUCCGUCUCUUCCGCCGCUUGGUCCGCCGCCUCGCCCGCCCCCUCGCCCGCCGUCUCGUCCGCGUCGCCAAACGGCCGAACUUGGUACGGCUUCUCCCCUUCUCCCUCUCCUAUCGCCAAUCGCAGCGGCGCUAAGACUAACGCGCUCGUCUCAACAGCCGGUGCUGCUGCUACGCCCGAUAAGGCUGCUGCGGUUCCGGCUCCUAGCAGCACCCGACGAGUCGAAGAUGAGGAACAGGCCCGGGAGAGGUUCGGUAAUGGAGAGGCGGGUAGUCAUGCGGUUACUGAUGAACGAGUAGGAGCCAAGGGUACUGGUUCGGUUAAAGGUAGGGGACAGAAGGGGACGAAAGCCGAGCCAGCAGAUCGGAUUUCUGGCUCGGCAGGGGCGAAUCCAAUGGCUGCAUCAGGGUCGGGGUGGGCAGGUUCGGCAGGUGCUGCAGCUGGUUCGGGUGAAGUAGGUCUGGCGAGAGUCGCAGGGGGUGCGGCUCUUCAGAAAGCGGAGAAGAUUCAAACGGACGGCUCAGAUCCUCACGAUCAUGGCAGACAUGAUCAAGAUGGGUUGUCAGGGGGCCGUCCCCAACCGUCCGAUCCGCAGCCUGCGUGUGUGGCGGCACACAGAGAGGGGAAUGGCGGAUUGGCACUUACCCCACACAGGCAGGUUCCGCCUUCCGCCUUUCCGGCCUCCGCCCCCCUGCCAUCUCACGAGACAGGCUCCCCCUCCCCUGCCUCCCUCCCCUCCCAUCCCGCUCCUCCUUCCGCCACCCCUUCCGCCACCCCUUCCGCCACCCCUUCUGCCACCCCUUCAGCCACUCCUUCCACUACCCCUUCCGCUCCGCUUUCCGCGGCCCACUCACAUAACAGCCGUGUAAAGCGCAGCGCCAGUGACAACAACUGUCUGAGCCAGUCCCCUUCCUCCUCUGCCAAGCCUGCCAUCCCGCCUCCCAGCCGAACCUCCUCCACAGGCUCGGAGCUAGGCAAGGGCGCAGCAGCGGCGGCUGCAGCUGCUGUGGCGGAGUUUUCCGCGCGCAGGCAGCACAUGGGCGCGGAAGCUGCAGGGGAGGAGCGGGGAAGAGGGGGGAACACACCUAUAGGGGCAGCAGCAGGUGCAGCAGUGGUAUCAGGAGGAAGAGAGAGAAGGGAGGGUUCAAGCAGUGCUGCGGAUGUCAGCAGAGGCGGUAGCAAGGGUGAUUUUAUUCAAAGAAAUGGUGAUCCCUCCUCCCUCUCUACUUGGGCAUCCCCUGCCCCAGCGUCCCCCUGGCAGCGGUCAGCGGGGGGGAUGAGGCGCCUGGCGCUGCUGAUUGCGCUCAACUCCGCGUAUUCCACUGCGGAGCUCAUAGUGGGGCUGCUCAUAGGGCGGAUAGAGCUUGUCUCCGACUCCUUCCACCUGUCCUUCGGCUGCUGCAUCCUGCUGCUCUCUCUUGCGGCCAUGCUCGUGGGGAAACGCCCCCCAGAUGCCACCUUCACCUACGGGUGCAUCCUCCUGCUCUCACUUGCCGCCAUGCUCGUGUUCACCUACGGGCUGAAUGCGUUUUCUCCUUUUCCCCCCCGCCCUGGACCUCCCACCCACCUCCCCCCUCACCACCUUAUUGUGCAGCUCUUCCUUCUCUUCCUCUCUUUCUCUCUAGCAGUGGAGUGCCUGCAUGCUUAUAUCGAGGAUGAGGCAGAGCACAAGCACUACCUGGUGCUGUCCGCGGUGGUUCAUCUACUCAUCAACCUCCUCGGAGUCUUCUUCUUUAAAAGCUUUGCUCGGCGCACAAUAACAUAUCAGAAACCAAGGGACAUGAACCAUCACGCCAUUCUGCUGCAUCUGCUCUGUGACUCUAUCAGAAGUGGUGGGGUUGUCCUUGCCUCGUGGUUCAUUGCAAUAGGGGUGUACAGUGCAGAGGCCAUCUGCCUGGGCCUCGUCUCCCUCACAGUGCUCGUCCUUGCGCUCCCAUUGGUCCAGUCGUCCGGCAAUCUCCUGCUGCAGAUGGCCGCUGCAGGCAUCUCCGAACCCGCCCUGCACAAAUGCAUUCGCCAUGUGGCGGCAUAUGAAGGCGUAGAGGAGUGCACAGAGCAUCGCUUCUGGGCAGUGGUCCCCGGACAUGUGGUGGGGACACUCACCGUUCGGACGCAUUCAUCGGACAUGACUGCUGACGUGCAAACCUCCCACUGUCUCUUCCCUCUCCUAUCCAUGGCGCAUUCCACGCCUGUCCCCGCUGAUCUCGGUGCGUCCGCGCUUGCAGCGUCCUCGCUUCACAGUACAGCAACCCCUCCCUCAGAGCCGUUUAGAGUGGAAGGUGUUGAACAGCUUCAGCCCGUUAGGCCGUUCAAUCUCUCGCUGCCCUCACGCAAUUCGUUCUUAACUUCUCAAGUCGCUCGGUCUUCCAUAGUAGCAUCAGCGCUUGACUCCACAGCGACGGCUCCAGACUCGGGGAAGCUGGCCAGUCAGCAGCAUUUUCUCCAACCAAGCCCUUGUCUCCAAUCGCCGGUUGACGUCAGCCUGCCUAUCGCCAUUCCCUCCGCGCUUCGCGGGACGGCAGUAGUAGCGGUAACCGGCGCGGGGAUCGAGGCGAAUGCCCUGAGCCCGCAUUCCACGCUGAGUGGCGGAAUAACGCACAAGCUGUUCCUUAGCACGCAAUCCUUCCGCAGCUUCCCCCCCAACCUCCCCCUUUCCGCUCUUGGCUCAUGCUCUUCCUCGGGAUCCUCCGGGUCCUCCUCCCCCUGUGGCGGAACGGAGCGCGGAUCGCAGUCGCUUUCCGUCAAGCGACAGGGUUCGGAGAACCUGCUGAAACGGAUUAAUUUUAGUAUGUCAAUGCCGAAUCUGAACGGGUGGUUGAGGAAUAAAGACAGGCGGUUCGAUGAAGGCGCCGGAGGUUCCGCGCACGGACCAGACGAGGGGAGCGACUUGGCGGCUAUUUUCGAAGUGCCGCAGAACGUGGCGCAAAAAGCGGAGCGGAACGCGGUGCAGAACGCAGUGCAAAGCGCCGUGCAGAAUGUAGACGCGGGGCAGACUGGGAUCACGCUGAGCCGCAGCCACAAGGAGCCGGUGCGAGAGGUGUCGUGGACUGGGACGGUUGUUAUGGCUGAAGAGGAGGAGACUGCAGCGAGGUCGCCAGGCGAGUCGUCGCGCGGAAAGUGGCGAAUCACGCGGAGCAGUCGCAGCCAUCGGGAGCAUCACUCGCGAACGGGCUGGGCGACGAUUGGCGACAAGAUUCGCCUGUCGUCGCGGUCGUCGAGUCGGCUACUGCCGUCGAGUCGGAGGAAUUUUCUGAGAAACUCUCCGGGUUCGAUGAAUGCGAUCACCCUCACAGGACCCCUGGGUCCCGUGGGAGGUGAGGAUUUGAUCAGCAUGAGCCUUGGCCAAUCCUGUGGCUCUCCUAUUCCGGGAAAUCCGCAAAGGCCUGCAGGAGGCGCGGCGGAAGCGGCGGUCGCGGAAAGGGCGCGCGAGGGGGAGGGAGCGGACUGCGAGGGUGGAGAGCCGGAGCUGUUAGGACUAGAAGCGGAGGAAGGGAUAGUUGUUUCCUGGUCUUUAAAUAGCGACGCUGCGGGGCGGGGGAACGGCGGAGCGACGUGCGCGUCCGCGGAGGGAGCGGAGUGGGCGGAGGGGGUGGCGGGGGAGGACCGAAUGCAGGUGGUGGCCUCGGGUAACGGCUACGUGUUUUCCGCCGUGUAUGACGGGUUUACUGACACGUCAGCAGCUGAUUUUCUCGUUGCUAAUCUGCACACGCGCUUCGCCCAGCAAUUAGUCUCCCGCGGGUUGGAUUUCGGAGAGGCAAACUCGAGUGCCUCGUCGGUUCCGGCGGAAGUAGCGGCGCAGAGAGAAGCGGAGGCGAAAGACACAUCGCAGCGGCAUGAGAUGGUCCUGCAAGCGCUAGCGGCGGCGCUGAGCGAAACCGAGGCGGCGUAUUUCGAGUCGUUAGAGGAGCGAAUGGCGGAGCGGCUGGAGCUGGCCGUGGCGGGCGCGUGCCUCGUGGUGGCCGUGGUGGCCGGGCGCGAGCUGUACGUUAUGAACCUCGGUGACUGCCGCGCCGUGGUCGUGGCGGAGGAGGGGCAGGCGGGGCAGGCGGGGGAAGGUGGGGCGAUGGGAGAUGGGGCGGAGAUGGAGGGGGACGGGCAGAAGAAGCUGUCGGAGUUGCGGGCGACCCAGCUGACAGAGGACCACAAUACGAGCAAUGAGAAGGAGGUGGAGAGGUUGAGGAGGGAGAGGGCGGACGACCCUGAUGCGAUUACAAAGAUGCGAGUCAAGGGCAAGCUCAAGGCCACCAGGGCAUUUGGUGCUGCCUACCUUAAGAAUCCUCGAGUCAACGCCAUGCUUCUCGGGAUGCUGCGAGUGCAGUACGUGGGGUCUCAGCCCUACAUCUCCUCCUCGCCACAUCUCCACCACCUCACUCUCUCCCCCUCUGACCGCUACCUCGUCCUCUCCUCCGACGGUCUCUACCAACACAUGACCCCUGCCGACGCUGCCGCCUCUGUGUCCCGCACACUGGCUGCUGCUGAUAAGGCUUCUGGUGCUGGUAGCACCGGUGCUGAGGGUGGUUGUGGGAGCUCGUGUAAGGGCGCUUGUGGGCCGAAUCUUUCGCAUGCGCUGGUGCAAGAGGCGCUUGAUCGAGCUGCGAGAAGAGCAGGUAUGACGAUUGAACAACUCCUUCAAAUACGUGCAGGCGAUUACCGCCGACAAUUGCAUGACGAUUUGUCUGUUACGGUUCUGGAGCUUCAAUGCUAG